UUUCACGAUGCCCAAGAGCACGAAAAGGAAGAAAGAGAAAGCUGCAGACUUUUCUAAAGCAAAACUAAAACUCGGCAAAGGAAAGCAGACACCAAGCAAUGCCGUAGACACUUCUUUCAAGGCUCGGUCCAUCGCACUGCCGUCGCAGACCAUUGUGCAUGAUGUCGAGCGUGGCAUCCCGACGACUAAGCGCAAGCUUACCCUCGACGACCUCAUCUCUCAUCUGAAGCAUUACAAUGCUGGUGUGCGGAGAGAUGCUAUAAUCGGCCUCCGAGAGUUGUUCGAGGACCACCCGGGAGUCAUAGUCUCAUCCCUCUCAGCUACCUUGAGCAAUUGCGCUAGAGUAAUCGGCGACGAGGAUGUCGGUGUUCGUAAGACGCUUCUGUCUUUCUUUGGCUGGCUGCUCCCCCAGAUACCGCGCCAUACCUUGGUCCCUCACGCCUCUAUGCUUUUGCUCUUCACGACAUCUGCGCAAACGCACAUAUUCCCCGAAAUUCGCUUAGACGCCACACGGUUCCUCGAUCUAUUCCUUGAACUCUUCCCGGGGUUCGUCAUUGAAGGUUGGGUUGACGGGCAUGCUGGCCAUGGUAGACGGGUCCUAGAAGGAUAUCUCGGCGUUUUGAAUGCGGGAACUGCCUAUGGUGAAGGCGGCGGACCAGCGCAAGCAACAUCCACAGCUAGCGUGAUUUUGUCUCCCGCGUCCAAAUUGGUCGUCUUGAGCUCUCUUGCCAGCUUCCUAUCGCGAGCCAUGUCGCCGAAGGAUCCAAAAUGGUUUGCGGUCGAUCAAGAACAGAUUUCCGCUCAGCUUCGCCCUACGCCGACACGGUACAUGGCAUCCGCAUUCGCGUAUCCCUCGGCCUUCGAAGCCUUUGACGCCUACAUACAGCCCAGCAUGCUCUCGAGUGCUACAACUUCACGGAAGUGGCAGGAGGAGGUGGAUGACGCAUACGUUGAGGAUUUUACGGGAAAGUUCGCGCUUGCUGCGAACAGUCUUGAAGACAGUUGGUCUCUAGAGUCCCUGUCGCAUCUCGAAGUGGUCGUAUCAGGUGAUCAGAGCGAUGACACUGGCUCUAGUUCUGGAAUCAGAGCCGAGUCAGCAUAUGUAUCGCACCUUGCGCGAACUCUCCACCCAACUCUGGUGGCGACCUUUCUCGAUUGUGCGCCCUCGGUGUUCAUUUCGGGGUCAUCACCUUUAGAGAUUGAACUGCAAACGGUGCUUGCGGUCUUUCGGCUUUCUCGGUGCCUUUACGGCGAGAUGCUCUUGGAUAACAAUGACAAAACACGGGGGUCGCCGUACGACGACUUGAGUUCUCUGCUCAGUCACAUGGCGCCUUACUUCCCUUUCACGGUGCACUUGUCUCCUGUGGCAAGACGUGAACUAAAAACCGAACAGACUCUGCAAGACAUCAACUUGAUCUUCUGCCAGCUGACAUCGACGUUAAUGCUCAAGACAAGCAAAGAAACGCAGAUUGCCGCCGGAUUGCGCCAUCCCGUGAAAGACUCUGCGUAUUCCAAGCAGUCCUCGCGAGUGAUUGAAACCCUCGUUCAGCGGGUCGGCGACUACACAGUUCAACUUCUUCGUGGUGAGGCCCCGGAUAGACCUGACGGGCAGUCUCUCGGUCUUAAGCCGAUCACACCAGCAACUUACGCAUCGCUCUUGCCGACCGUCUGGGCAUUGAUCAGCGGCCCGGGCGGAGACUUCGCUGAACAUGUUACCCAAGCAUGUGUCAUUCAUGGAACAAAAGCAUCGUCGAUGUCAGCCGUCAAACGACAUACCAUCGACUUCAUUGGAAGGCUAUUGUUCCUCGAGACAGCUCCGGAAUACCGUGGAUUCUUUCGUCCAAUGCAACACCAUGUUCUGGUGCAGAGACUCCGGGAGUGGUUGUUGCACCUGCCGAAAACGCUUUGGGAGCUCGGGUCAUCUAACCCGUCAGCAACUGAGACUAUUCUGCGAGUUAUCCUUCGUUUACAUCAGCGACGAACGCAGGUCGCAGACUCCGAGGUUCUGUCCCAAAUCCGGGCGCGUUUGGUCCCCUACUUCAAGAUAUCUCACCCUACCCGUGGUGAGAUACCCGGGCCGUUUGCAAAGCUGCCCUCUGGUUCCGUGCGGACACUUGUAAUAGAUGUGGCUGCUACUCUGUGCACGUCAGGUCAAGAAGAUGCUCUGGAUGGGGCGGUGCUUGGAGUAGUAGACGAGCAGGAGCGACAGUACUGGGUCUCUAUUAGGAGGGCUCUGCAAAGUUCGUGAUCAAUCAUCAUGCGAAUUCCUUCUCC